AUGAAGAUGCUUACAGAAUCCUGUGGAAGGCCAAGGAUCCUUUUGCUCCCUUCUCUGGAUCACCAGUACCCACGGCUGCUGCUGCUGAGGACGGGCCGCCCUCGCUCCCUUUCAACGUACGGUGAGAAGAAGCCUUCAGGUUUUCUGAAGAUGGGGGGCAUGGCCUCUUGCUGUGUUCCCUCCACACCGAAGCUCCACAGGAAAGUUCACUCUCGACUGGAGGAGUACCGAGCGGAACCGGAACCGCCAGGACCGCAGGAGACUGAAAGUACCCUGCAACACAUCAGCGACAGAGAGAAUAUGGAUGAGUUGGACAUGAUGUUCAGUCCUGCAGAUCAUCCAAGAACCAGCACCAUGUUCCUCAGCAAGUCCCUCAGUGAUGUGACAGAAAAACAGAGGAUACAUUUUAUACGUUAUUAUGGUCCCAUCACUAGGUGCAAGUACAGUUCCUGCUCCACCAUCUUUCUUGAUGAGAACACAGUCAGUAGGCCACACCUCAAAUACACCAUUAAAUGCGUGGCGCUGGCCAUUUACUACCACAUCAAAAACAGGGAUGAAGCCGGAACGACGCCCCUGGACAUUUUUGAUGAGCGGCUUCAUCCCCUUUCAAGAUCCCAAGUGCCGCCGGACUACAACCAGCGUGACCCGGAGCAGAGGCAGAUCUAUCGCUUUGUGCGUACGCUCUUCUCCGCCGCUCAGCUGGCCUCCGAGUGUGCCAUCGUCACACUGGUGUACCUGGAGAGGCUGCUGGCGUAUGCGGACAUCUCCAUGAGUCCAGGCACCUGGAAGAGGAUGGUGCUGGGAGCCGUCCUGCUGGCUUCCAAAGUGUGGGAUGACCAGGCCGUGUGGAACGUGGACUACUGUCAGAUCCUGAAAGAUAUGGUGGUGGAUGACAUGAAUGAGCUAGAACGUCACUUCCUGGAGCUUCUGCAGUUCAACAUCAAUGUGCCUUCUAGCGUUUAUGUCAAGUAUUACUUUGACCUGCGCUCGCUCUCAGAGGCCAAUGACCUCAGCAUCCCCCUGGAGCCCCUCAGCCGCGACAAGGCCCGAAAACUGGAGGCUAUUUCCAGACUGUGUGACGACAGCUUCAAGGACGCGCGGCGAGCCGCCGGGAAACGCUCGGCUAGCGUGGACGACCUGUACGGAGUCACAUGGGUCCCUGCCAUCCUCUCCUGACACAGACUGACUGAUGGCGUGCUGGACUCCAUCUUGGAUGUCAGGUCUCGUCGGGGGUACCGACCUACAAUAAGAUAUCUGAUCAGUUGAGGAGGUUUUGACUCAACAACCUCGCAUAGACUUUCUAAAAUCUUCCUCUGACAUGCAAGAGAAGCACUUAUUUCACUUUUCCAUGGCAAUAUUUUAGUUGAUUUGUUAUGCUGAGUUGAUGGGAGGGGCUUGUUUGAUUUGUCGUUAGUGGCUUUAAAAAAAAAACAAAAAAACUCAAGGAGUUUGAGUCCUGACAAAAUAUGGCGACUCAUCACUCAUCACUCCUGCUAUGGCUUCUUAUUCUCUGGCAGAAGUGUGUAUGAGCUGUUAGGAAGCAGAGUUAUGAUGCCAUCUACUGUAUGGAGUUGGAACAAUAAGUUACAACAAGUCAUUCAUUCAUUCAUUUUCUACCGCUUUUUCCUCACAAGGGUCGUGGGGGGUGCUGGAGCCUAUCCCAGCUGUCUCCGGGCGGGGUACACCCUGGACUGGUGGCCAGCCAAUCACAGGGCACAUAUAGACAAACAACCAUUCACACUCACGUUCAUACCUAUGGACAAUUUGGAGUGGCCAAUUAACCUAGCAUGUUUUUGGAAUGUGGGAGGAAACCGGAAUACCCGGAGAAAACCCAUGCAUGCACGGGGAGAACAUGCAAAGAGAUGGCUGAGGGUGGAAUUGAACCCUGGUCUCCUGUGAGGUCUGUGUGCUAACCACUAGACCGCCGUGCAGCCCUUCACAGACAGUCAUUAUGUGUUAAUGAGGGAUUCCAAACAGGCAUUUGUGAUGGCCACAAAUAAAUGUAUGCAAAACACUAUUUUUACAGAUGGUGAAAUGUAACAGGUUUCUGUGUUAUUUUCACUCCAAGAUGACUAAAAGAUUGAAUAAUAUUCUUGUCAAGUAGUUGUGGUGUGCCAGUUUGUUGUUUAAUUACCUUGACUACAUAAUGAUGACAUCAAUUUGAUGAUAUAAUGGUGUUAUUUAUUUCAUAUUUUGCUGCUGAGCCAAGAUGAGAGCUAUGUGGCCUUGGACAUCUUUCAAUUUAUAUUGAAUGAUGUCUAAGAUGGUGUUCCAUAAGCUGCCCUGUAUGUUCGGCGGUCCUCCUCCAGAAGGUUGUACUGCUACCUUGUCAUGCCAACAAUGCUUUGAAGGCAGCGGGGUAAGAAUAGCCACACACAUGCAGGCCGUGGUCUCCUCACACGACAACACAAGUCAGCGGCCCAGGAGGAGUGCAUCAGCGUAACUCCGGUCUGUUCCCAAAAAAUAUUCUGUGUUUUUUUGGGGUCCACACUGAAGCCAUGGGGACGCUGUACGAUCUGGUCUUCAUCACCAUCAGUUACAACGUGUCCUUCAUUGGUGAGUCUCAAUUUAUUAGGGACACUUUGCACUGAAAGCCAAUGAAUCCCAAUAAAGGGAACACAAUACAAUGAGAUCCAAUGAAAAAAUAUGCCUUGAUUCAAAUGAAAUGUAACAAUGUGUUUUUAUUGUACUGUCUC